UUUUCUGAAGUAAAUCUCUAAAAAACCCCAAAAUUUGAUUAUCAUUUCUAUCACCUGCGCAAUGGCGGUGCGUGCAAGUGUGAAUCGAUUCCCCGGCGACCCCGACGCCCUGGAGGUGGCGGGGCUGCCGUGGGGGGUGACGUUGACGCCGUUCGCCACCAAGGACGAGAACGGCAAUCCGCCGGUGUACGGAUCGGACGGCCACCUCUUGCCGCGGUGCGAGAACUGCUGGGCAUACUACAACACCUACUGCGAGCAGGAGCAGUGGGCGUGGACCUGCGCUCUCUGUGGGACCCUCAAUGGCCUCCCUUCACAGGCCAUCGCUCGCUACUCCCUCCCGGAUUCCUGCCCCGAGAACAUCUCCUCCUUCAUUGACCUUGAAUUGCCCUUGGAAGGAUCUGAGGAAAUGCAGGCGCGCCCGGUGUAUGUGGCGGCUGUUGAUCUUGCUUCCUCGGAGGAAUUUUUGGAACUUAUCAAAAGUGCUCUUCUGGCUGCUUUGGAAGGUCUUGGGCCUGGGUCACUAUUUGGCCUUGCUACCUUCAGCCAUAAAAUUGGUUUAUAUGAUGUUCAAGGACCAAUUCCAGUAGUGAAGAAUGUGUUUAUUCCCCCGGAAUCUGAGGGUACCUUGCCAAUGGAACUUGCGGAUGUCAUGCCCUUAUCUUCAUUUCUAGCUCCUGUGGAUACAUUCAAAGACCGCAUUGCAUCUGCACUUGAGACAUUGAGGCCAACAACUUCAUGGGAAAGAACCUCAGCUGCAGGCCAAGCAUUAGAUGGAGUUUUGCUGGGGGGGAGAGGCUUUGGAUCAGCAAUGGAAGCCCUCUUUAAUUACCUUGGAUCUGAAUAUGGAAACACAUUUGCAUUAGCUAGAGUUUUUGCCUUUAUAUCUGGUCCUCCUGAUUUUGGAGCUGGCCAACUAGACACAAGACGCUAUGGUGAACAAUAUGCUAGCAAAGGAGAGGAUGCAGAUCGCGCGUUACUUCCUGAGCAGACACCAUUUUAUAAAGAUCUGGCUGCCGUUGCUGUUCAAUCUGGUGUUUCAGUGGACAUAUUUGCAGUGACAAAUGAAUAUACUGAUUUAGCGUCAUUGAAGUUUCUAAGUAUUGAGAGUGGGGGAUCUUUGGCUUUGUAUACAAGCACAGAUGAUUCAACACUUCCUCAAGACAUAUAUCGCAUGUUAAGUCGACCAUAUGCUUUUAAUUGUGUCCUACGGUUGAGGACAUCUUCUGAAUACAAGCCUGGUCAUUCUUAUGGGCAUUUCUUUCCAGAUCCACAGUAUGAAAAUGUUCAACAUAUAAUAUGCUGUGAUUCUUUUGCCACAUACGCCUAUGACUUUGAGUUUGCGAAUAAUGUUGGGUUUUCCAGGCAUACUGCAGAACUUCCUAUGCUCCAAAUUGCAUUUCAGUAUACGGUUGUAGUGCCUCCUGGAGAACUUGCAAAUUCAGAAUCAAGUCCUACAAGUAGAAAGAAGCAUUCCCUGAAGAGGAGACUAAGGAUAAGAACUAUGCAGUUUGGAGUUGCUCAUUCCAUUAAUGAGAUGUAUGAUACUGUUGAUCCUGAAGUGGUGCUUUCUUUACUUGUUCACAAGGUCAUAUUAUCCUCAUUGGAGCAAGGCAUACGAGAAGGCAGGAUGCUACUUCAUGAUUGGCUAGUAAUUCUUACAGCUCAGUACAAUGAAUGUUGCAAACUAUCAGAGUCUGCACGUGGGAGUUCAAACACUAUUCAUUUUGAUGUCGCAUUCUCCCAAUGCCCACAGUUGCAGUAUAUGCCUCGCUUAGUUUUUGCUCUAUUACGAAACCCUCUUCUCCGCUUACAUGAAGAAGGUGUACAUCCAGACUUCAGAAUAUACCUCCAGUGUCUGUUCAGUGCACUAGAACCUUCUUCUCUUCACCUUGCUAUAUAUCCAAUGCUAACUUCAUAUGCAUCACCGGACAAACAAGCUUAUCCCCGCCAUUCCUUGAGCCGUGCUGCAUUGAUAACAAGUGGCAGUCCGAUAUUUUUCCUUGAUGCAUUCACAAUUCUCAUCGUGUUCUAUUCGUCUACAACUGACCCUUCACUUCCCUUUCCUCCACCCCAGGACUGUUUGUUGAGAACAACUAUAAACAAGCUGAAGCAAGAGCGAUGCAUCUCCCCGAAACUGAUAUUUAUCCGAGCAGGGCAGGAUGAUGCAACGCCAUUCGAGAAUUUUCUGAUAGAGGAACAAGACGUAGAAGGGAAUGGGUUCACAAGUAUCAUGGGCUUCGUAUCCUUCCUGGAAGAGAUCCAUCAGAGUGUGCUGGAGUACAUGAAAUAAGUUACUGCAACCAUAAUUUGUUACUAGAGGUGGAAAAAGGAAGUAGGAUUGGAUUUUCUGCAUUUGGUUGGUGAAUGGUGAGUGCAAAUUAGCUAGCUAGCUUCAGAGUUCAAACAGACCAAGCCAAGUGAACAGCAGAAUCUCUUAUAGUUAUUGAAAAUUGCAAAUUCUCUUUUCCUGCUAGUGUCCAUACUUCGACAUAGUGUUGCUUCGUGAACAUCACCAUGGGAAACUGUUUUUUGAAUAACAAAAUUUGCGUUCAAUGUAAUGCCAAAAUACCUUAUACCUAGCAGGUUUUUGUACUAUAAGCUUUUGCUUUCUUUUCCUGGAGAGUUAAUUCUAAUUUUGAUUUUUGAUUA